AUGCCGUUGGGCAAAGUUUGGAAGGUUUUUUGGAUGAAAUAUAUCUUUUUCUUGGAAAAUAUUCUUUUAGGCCCUUUUGGCACAAUAACUUUAAGUGGAUAUCAAAAACGAAUAGCUCCCUACAAACUUUUUCUGGUUCUUUCGUACAAUUCAAACAACCAAACGCAAAAUUAUAUGGAUGAAAUUGCAAAUAUUUCAAUAACUACCGACUGUUCAAAAUCUCAACUUACAGCAGAUGGAGUUUGUGUUGGAUUGAUAGCCAAUUUAUUUGUCGUUAAUCAAAAAUUGCCCGAUAAUUUUCCCAAAGAUAUUCCAAAUUGUGGAUUUAAUGGGGAACUUUGUGAUAAUAAAAGCAUUAUAAUAAUUAUUGUAAGUAUUGUUGCUGCUGCUAGCUUGGGAAUUGUUAUAUUUUUGUGCUUCAGAAGAGUGUAUGUAUUAAAUAUUUUUUAA